AUGGCAGAAGAAAAGAAGAAAAAAGACGAAAAGGAGGAAGAUCCUUGUUCGGCGUUUGUCGGCCGGUACGUUAUCAAGACGAUGCGCUUGAAGGAUGAAAAGUGGCAGAAGCUGAUCGGGAACGAGGAGUUGCGCACGAUCGUGAUGGAUUGGGUGAUGCAACCCACCGUGAUGAAGCUGUUCAUUACGCUCAACAAUGCGGGAGCAUUGGUGCCGAGCUACCAUUUUGCGACCAAUGCCAAGGGCAAGAUUUGCUACUUUGUUAAGAUAUCCGAGAUGGCGCUGGAAAUCGGGAAAAUUCGCGAGCAAAUCAUUUACGGUGACCUAACGCCAAACCCUAUCGAUGAUCUGUCCAUUCUGGUGGAUGAGAUAUACUACCCGAUGAUAAACAACCCACAAAAUCAGGAAGGAUGGCCAACCGCAAUCGUCAAGGACAUCGACAACCAUGUCCAGGAGCUGCGGAACAUUAUUUCUGAGGUGAAAGGUAAUAUCAUAAAUCAAACACUACUACCGAUGCCUAUCGCCAUCGACAAUAUUAUGCAGGUCGGCGAAGAAGUUCUCAAAGGCAACAUCGAUGCAUGCAGUCUGAAAAUGAAAAACUCCCUCGAGGGCAUUAUAAUUAAGUGGGCUGGCCAGAUUAGCGACGUACUGAAGGAGGAUUCGGCCCAAGCGUUCAAAGAUGGCCGCCAUCCGACACCGGUGGAGGAGAUUAACUUCUGGGAAUCGCGACAGAAAAAUUUGCGCAACAUCUACGCCCAGCUAACGGAGCCGAAAUCGCGACAAAUUGGUAUCAUUCUCGAGGGCAUCGAUUCGGUGUACUCCACCUCGUUCAAGAACACGUUCAAGGGUGUCGUACAGGCGGUACACGAGGCAGAUGAUAUUUCGCUCCACCUAAAACCGCUGCGAAAAACGUUCGAAACAUUCGAGAGUACCGAUUUCGUCGAUUCGGCAGAUAUGAUCUCGCCGAUGCUUCACCUCGUGUGUUUGGUGUGGGCCCACUCGUGUUACUAUGGCAUCAAUUCACGGUUGGUGAUUCUGUUUAAAAUGAUAAGCAACAUGAUGAUUGCCGAGUCGAGCAAAUCGCUUGAUCCUGGGUCGCUGUUUCAAGGGGAAGUCGAUGAAUCGCUCAUCAAAAUCAGCCAGAUUAUUGAUACGCUGGAGUUCUACAAAUCUGAGUUUCACGAUUUUCGUUCUCGACUCAAUGAGUUCGAAAAGCCCAACACACAACCGAUCAGCUGGACGUUUCGUACGCGGGACAUUUUUCACCGUCUUGACGUGUACAUAGUGCGGCUGAAUGAGAUAAAAGACAUUUUCAACACGGCGACCGAAUUUAAAAAGCUGGAAAAGGUGGAAAUCGGUGGAUUAAGAGGGCGUGCCAUUAGUCGCAAGAUUCAAGAAAUCUAUGACGAUUACAACAAACUCUACCAGCGCUGGGGCACGAUACAGUACGAUCCGCUGGAUCCCGAUCCAAAGCUGGAUGGGUUCCAAACCGAUCGUCAACGGUACAUUGAGAAGGCUAGCGUUCUCGAGCGAAGACUGGCGGCCCAGUUUGUGCUUGCAUUUGAGGAGUGUUUUAAUGUGGAGCAGUUGAUGAAGCUGGUGCAAGUGUUGGGCAGCCUACUCAAUAGACCACUCAUACAGCCGGAUGUGUCACAAAAGAUCGCCAGCAUUGUCGAACUGGUCGAUGCAGAUUUAAACGCAAUCAAAGCUAUAUUCGAAGCAGGCUUAGAGGAGUACAAGAGCAAAGGCCUGAAGGGUAUUCCUAUCGACGAUGGAUUCCCCCCGGUAGCGGGAGCGAUUGCCUGGGUGCACAAACUUCAAGAUCACAUCAGGAAGCCAUUAAACGAGCUCGUAAUGAUUGAGUUACCGAUUUUCCAAAAUGAAAAAGGACAACGAGUGUUACAGAAAGCGGAACAGCAGAAGGAACAGUUAGAAGAGUUCGAGCAACAGCUCUUCUCUUCAUGGGUGUCCGAUGUUACGAAGCAUAUCGAUAAUUUCAUGAGUAAAUCACUACUCAGCCGUUCCGAUCCACGUUUGCUGGAGAUGAACUUCGAUCAAGUGCUACAAACUAUUAUGGCAGAGGUUCGCUACCUGAAGUGCAUGAAAGUCGUCAACAUACCGGAAAAGGCUCAACACUUUUAUGCCUCGGGAGAAGCACUCUGGGCUGCCAGGAUGAAACUUUCUCGCAUUGUUGAAUGGUACAAUGAAAUCUGCAAAACCUGUGCCCCAUGCGAGUUCGAGCUGAUUCAGAAGGAAAUUGACGAAAUCGAUGCAAUAUUGGCGGACGCAUGCUCUGGGCGGAUCGAUUGGAAUAAUUUCAAUCAAAACUUCAUCGAUGGAUUGUACGAUAAACUGUACAAUCUUUUCUCUCGUGUGCUGAAAGCAAAAGCCAACAUAAAGAAAGUUCAAAACAGCAUUCGAAGCUGGGGCCAGAUUCCGCUGUACGAACGGCUGAACGGUGACAACACCUCACUCAUCAACAUUGAAAAUCGUUCCCUGAUCGUUCAACGGCGGCUUGAAGCGUGUCUCGACACGAAGAAACUAAUCGAGAAGGUGAUGGAUGAAAACUUUAAGCUUUAUUUCGAUUAUCUGGUUGCUUUGUCGGAAGAGAGGUUAUCGUCCACCAGUGGAGCAGGAUCACAACGCGGAAGUAGCGUUGCUAUGCCUGCCCCUGAACAGGCUGUAGAACAAGAACAGCAACAGGCUGAGGUUGCUAUUGAAGUACCAGACAUUGAGGAAGAACAAUCGGCAGAUGAUACAUUGGACGAUGUACCGUCUUUGGAACAGUCAGAACUCGGAAAAAAUCUGUCUCAGCUAGAAUUGUUCCGGCCGUACGAGGAGUAUGUGGAUUCAAUUCUUUCGAAAGAAAUUAUGGAAGCGGUGCAUGUUAGCGUGAAAUACAUCAAGUUUGAGAUGGAAAAUCGACUGAGUCAUAAUACGCCCAUAUUUGAGAUUAAGUAUGAGCUGCAUCCGCCCGAUACACGCUUCUGUCCUUCGUUGGAUCCUUAUGAUCCGGAUGGAUUUUUUGCACUGGUCGAAAGUAUGAUCACGGAUAUCUACUGCAUGUCGGACAUGAUACCACGAGUCGCCCAGCCUCCAGAAAAUGAGCGUAUGGAUGAAGAAGGAAAUGUGUAUCCGGAGACUUAUAUCUCUCACCUAAGCAACAAUGAUGCUAUCGAGCGCAUGAAGCACUCCAUCAUGCUGAAGGUCAUCCAGUCAACAAGAGAUGCAGAAAAGUAUGUCAAACAGUUCGACAACUACAACUAUCUCUGGCUGGACGAUAAGCACAGUGUGCUAGCCCAAUUCCUUAAAUACGGACGACCCCUAACCCAAGACGAGAUGGAAAUGUUACUCUCAACGGAAACACCCCUGAAGGAAGUAGCACCGACGUUGGAACAGUUUAAGGCCCAGAUCGACAGCUACAUCGAUCUCUUCGACGAGGUGUACCAAGCGGAGGUGUCGCACGUAUUCGAUACCUGGUUGUUGGUAGAUUUCCGCCACUUUAAGCACAAGCUGUUGCACGAAAUAGGAAAAUGGUCCAACAUCUACAAGCAAACGCUGAUAGAUCGUGUGGUGAUCAGCUUGCAGGAGCUCGAAGAAUUUAGCCUUGAGUGCGAUGAGGUGCUCGGACUUGAUGCAGCCGAGGAGGACUUCCCCACUCUGCUCAAGAUACUGUCCGUGCUGAACAAGAUUAAAGAGCGAGAAACCGCCACCGACAACAUGUUCGAACCGUUGAAAGCAACCGUCGAUCUGCUGAAAACGUACAACGUGGAGUUUAACGAAACAGUGUACAAGCAGUUCACCGAGCUACCGGAACGCUGGCUACACAUGAAAAAGACAGCCCAGAAGGUGCGUGAAAAGAUUGCCCCAGCGCAGGCGUACCAGGUGGAUCUGAUCCGGAAGCGUAUCAGUCUGUUUGACAUUCGCAUGAAGCUGUACCGGGAUGGGUUCAAAAAGCUGCCCUGCUUUAAGGUCCCCUGCAAGAACGUGUACGACAUCUGUGAUCAGGUGAAUCUGGAGCUAAACAUAAUGGAAACGCAGCUUAAGAACCUCACCGACUCGGCAAGCCUGUUCGAGCUAAAUCCGCCGGAUGAUACGAAGCUACGGCUCUGCCGGAAGGAGGUGAAGAUGUUGAAGCAAAUCUGGGACUUUGUGUACACGGUAGAAUCGUGCGUGAACGAUUGGAAGAAAACGUCUUGGAAGAAAAUUGACGUCGAGGCAAUGGACGUGGAGUGUAAAAAUUAUGGCAAACAGAUACGCCAACUGGAUAAGGAUAUGCGAAACUGGGCACCUUACCUGCAUCUGGAAGCGAUCCUGAAGAAUCUCAUGACAUCGUUGCGUGCCAUUACCGAGCUGCAAAAUCCGGCCAUUCGUGAGCGCCAUUGGUUCGAGCUUAUGCAGGCCACAAAGCUGAUACAAACAUAUGGAAAAGAAAUGCUGGUUCGCUUCCAAAUGGUAGACUCGACCACGCUUGCUGAUUUACUCGAGCUGAACCUGCACAACUACGAGGAAGAGGUAAAAGGAAUAGUCGACAAAUCCGUCAAGGAAAUGUCGAUGGAGAAAAUGCUAAACGAUCUACAAAUCGCCUGGAAAGAUCUACAGUUCGACUUUGAUCCGCACGAACGCACGCAACUGAAGCUGCUAAAAAUCUCUGAAGAAGUCAUGGAGAUGCUGGAAGAGAAUCAGGUACAGCUGCAGAACUUGCUCUCCUCCAAGUACGUCGCGUACUUCCUCGAGCAAGUGUCCCGCUGGCAGCUGUCCCUCUCGAAUGCGGACUGUGUCAUAACGGCCUGGUUCGAGGUGCAACGCAAAUGGAUGUAUCUGGAAAGCAUUUUCAUCGGCUCGGAAGACAUCCGGAACCAGCUGCCCGAGGACUCGAAGCGUUUUGACAACAUCGAUAAGGAAUUCAAACGACUGUUGGCGGAAAUCGUUGCUAAUCCGAACAUCGUGAAAGCAACAAACCGCCCGGGAUUGCAUGAAAAGCUUGAGGGACUGCUGGAGCAGUUGAUACUCUGCGAGAAGGCACUGAACGAUUAUCUGGAAACGAAACGGCUUGCCUACCCACGAUUCUAUUUCGUCUCGUCGGCCGAUUUGUUGGACAUCCUUUCAAACGGCAACCAACCGGAGCUAGUUGCGAAACAUCUCACCAAACUGUACGAUUCCAUCGCGAAGCUUCGGUUUGGCAAGGGCUCCAACAAAGUUGCGGUCGGUAUGGUGUCGAAGGAGAACGAAGAGUUCGUCCAGUUUAAAGACGAGUGUGACUGCGAUGGUAAGGUGGAGAUAUGGUUGAACCGCAUCACCGACUCCAUGCGCAUCACGCUGCGCGAUCUGUUCGAGCGGUCCGUGACGGCGUACGAGGAAAAGCCACGCGAUUUGUGGACAUUCGAUUGGCCGGCACAGCCGGCCCUGUGUGCGACCCAAAUCUGGUGGACGUCGGAGGUAAAUGUGGCGUUUGCGAAGCUGGAAGAAGGUUACGAAAAUGCACUCAAGGACUAUCAGAAGAAGCAGAUCCUACAGCUGAACGCACUGAUUGUGCUGCUGUGUGGUGAGCUUAGCCAAGGCGAUCGGCAGAAGAUUAUGACCAUCUGUACCAUCGACGUGCACUCGCGUGACGUGGUGGCAAAAAUGAUACAGCAAAAGGUGGAAACCGGACAGGCGUUCCAGUGGCAGAGCCAGCUGCGCCACCGGUGGGACGAUAAGCUGCGGGACUGUUUCGCAAACAUUUGCGAUGCUCAGUUCCGGUACGACUACGAGUAUCUGGGCAAUACGCCCCGUUUGGUAAUUACACCCCUAACGGAUCGAUGCUACAUCACCUUGACUCAGUCGCUGCAUUUAAUCAUGGGUGGUGCACCGGCGGGACCGGCCGGUACGGGCAAAACCGAAACGACCAAGGAUCUCGGCCGUGCGCUCGGCAUCAUGGUGUACGUGUUUAACUGUUCCGAGCAGAUGGACUACAAAUCGUGCGGCAACAUCUACAAGGGCUUAUCGCAAACCGGCGCUUGGGGAUGCUUCGACGAGUUUAACCGCAUCUCGGUCGAGGUGCUGUCCGUCGUGGCCGUCCAGGUCAAAUCGAUACAGGAUGCCAUCAAGGGUGGGAAAAAGUAUGCAACCCUUAGCGAUAGCAAGGGCAAGAAAACCAUAUUUAAUUUUAUGGGCGAAACCAUCUCGCUCGUGCCCACCGUGGGAAUUUUCAUCACCAUGAACCCUGGCUAUGCGGGCCGUACCGAGCUGCCCGAGAAUCUGAAAGCGCUCUUCCGGCCGUGCGCGAUGGUCGUGCCGGAUUUUGAGCUCAUUUGCGAAAUCAUGCUGGUGGCGGAGGGUUUCCAGGAGGCGCGAUUAUUGGCCCGUAAGUUCAUUACGCUGUACACGCUGUGCAAGGAGUUGCUGUCGAAGCAGGACCACUACGAUUGGGGUCUUCGGGCCAUCAAAUCGGUGCUGGUGGUGGCUGGCUCUUUGAAGAGAAGCGAUCGAGAACGUCCCGAGGAUCAGGUGUUGAUGCGUGCCCUGCGAGACUUUAACAUACCGAAAAUCGUAACGGACGAUGUGCCCGUCUUUAUGGGGCUAAUUGGCGAUUUGUUCCCAGCGCUCGAUGUACCGCGCAAACGUUCGCCCGACUUUGAGAAGCUUAUCCGACGGUCCACCCAAGAGAUGAAGCUGCAACCGGAGGAUAGCUUCAUACUGAAGGUGGUACAGCUGGAGGAGCUGUUCGCUGUAAGACACUCGGUAUUUAUCGUCGGCAAUGCCGGUACGGGCAAAACGCAAGUGUGGAAAGCACUGUUCAAAACGUACCAGAACCAAAAACGCAAACCACACUUUAACGAUCUGAACCCGAAAGCGGUAACAAAUGAUGAGCUGUUUGGCAUCAUUAAUCCUGCCACGAGAGAGUGGAAGGAUGGGCUGUUUUCGGUCCUGAUGCGAGACCAGGCGAACAUGCCCGGGACGGGACCGAAGUGGAUAGUGCUGGACGGCGAUAUCGAUCCGAUGUGGAUCGAAAGCUUAAACACGGUCAUGGACGACAACAAGGUGCUAACGCUGGCGAGCAACGAGCGGAUAGCGCUGACGAAGGAGAUGCGUCUGCUGUUUGAAAUUUCCAACCUUCGCACGGCGACACCGGCGACCGUAUCGCGCGCCGGCAUCCUUUACAUUAACCCGCAGGAUUUGGGCUGGAAUCCGUUCGUCGCGUCGUGGAUCGAUUCGCGCGAAACGCAGGCCGAGAAGGGCAUCCUGUCCGUGCUGUUCGACAAAUACAUUCCCCCGCUGAUGGAUGCACACAAACGAUUUAAAAAGAUUACACCCAUCUCGGAAAUUGCCAUGAUCCAAAUGACUUGCCACCUGUUGGAUUGUUUGCUGACGCCGCAAAACUUGCCGCCCGACUGUCCGAAGGAGUGGUACGAAAUAUACUACGUGUUUGCCGUUAUUUGGGGCUUUGGAUCAUCGCUUUAUCAAGAUCAGCUGGUCGAUUGGCGGACCGAGUUUCACAAAUGGUGGAUUAAUGAGUUCAAGGCGAUACGCUUCCCGCCGGGCGGAACCAUCUUUAGCUACUACAUCGAUCCGGAAACGAAGAAAUUUAACCCGUGGACGGAGCUGGUGCCGUCGUUUGAGCUGGAUACGGAUAUUCCACUGCAGUCGAUGCUGGUCCCCACGACGGAAACUACUCGGCUUCGCUGGUUUAUGGACAUCCUGAUCGAGGAGAAACAUCCUAUAAUGCUGGUUGGUGGUGCCGGCUCCGGCAAGAGCGUUAUCGUGGCCGAUAAGCUGGGCAGCCUGUCGUACAAGUACGCCGUUACGAACGUGCCGUUUAAUUUCUACACCACGUCCGAAAUGUUGCAACGUGUGCUGGAGAAACCGUUGGAGAAGAAGGCGGGUCGAAACUAUGGUCCACCGGGAAAUAAAACGAUGGUUUACUUUGUGGACGAUAUGAACAUGCCGGAGGUCGAUACGUACGGUACGGUACAGCCGCACACGCUUAUCCGCCAGUUUAUGGACUAUCGGCAUUGGUACGAUCGGGCAAAGCUUUCGCUAAAGGACAUCCACAACUGUCAGUUUGUGUCGUGCAUGAAUCCAACGGCUGGUUCGUUUACGAUUGAUCCACGGUUGCAGCGACACUUUUGUGUGUUUGCCGUCAGUUUCCCUAGUGGAGAUCCGCUGUACCACAUCUACUACUCGGUGCUCUCGCAGCACCUAUCGAAUCCGUUGAACAAGUUCAAUCUUGUCACUCAGAAAAUCUGCGCUGCCUUGGUAACCUGUGCACUGAAUCUACACACCAAAAUGGGACAAAUGUUUAUGCCGACAGCGAUCAAGUUCCAUUACGUGUUUAAUAUGCGUGACUUGGCCAACAUCUUUCAGGGGAUGUUGUUCGGGAAUGGAGAAACGUGCCAGGAACCGAACCAACUCAUUCGACUGUGGGCUCACGAGGCAACGCGUGUGUACGGGGACAAGUUGGUCGAAGAGCGAGACAUCGAUAACUUCAACAAACUGAUCGUGGAUGUUGUGAAGAAAUCGUUUGAAGAAAUGGACGAAACGAAGGUGUUUUCGAAGCCAAUCAUUUACUCCCAUUUCGCGGAGGGUCUUACCGAUCCGAAGUAUAUGCCCGUUGCUAGCUGGGAGACGCUGAACAAAACGCUGGAGGAAGCGCAGUCCAACUACAACGACAUGAUUGGUGCGAUGAAUCUGGUUCUGUUUGAAGACGCAAUGAGCCACAUUUGUCGGAUCAGUCGCAUUUUGGAAGGACCGCGAGGAAACGCAUUGCUGAUUGGUGUUGGUGGUUCUGGUAAACAGUCUCUGUCCAGGCUGGCGGCUUUCAUUUCCGGACUGGAAGUGUUCCAGAUACAGCUUAGGAAAGGGUACAGCAUCGCGGAUCUCAAGGCAGACUUGGCCGUACUGUACAUGAAGGCGGGAGUAAAGAACGUUCCCUGUAUGUUCCUGAUGACGGAUGCACAGGUAGCGGAGGAAUCGUUUUUGGUGCUAAUUAACGAUCUGCUAGCGUCGGGAGAGAUACCUGAGCUGUUCCCGGAGGAUGAAAUUGACAAUAACAUCAUUAACGCGCUGCGCAACGAGGUGAAGCAGCUUGGCAUGAUGGAUUCAAAAGAGAACUGUUGGAAGUAUUUCAUCGAAAAGGUGCGCAAAUCACUAAAGUUGGUGCUGUGUUUCUCUCCUGUUGGAUCGACACUGCGUGUACGUGCUCGUAAGUUCCCAGCAAUCGUCAACUGUACCGCCAUCAACUGGUUCCACGAGUGGCCCAAAAAUGCCUUGGAGUCUGUGUCCACGCGCUUCCUCUCGGAAAUUGAAGUACUACCGCCGGAACUGGUUGAACCAAUUGCUGUGUUUAUGUCGUACGUGCACGGUACGGUGAAUGAGAUGUCACAAACGUAUCUACAAAACGAGCGUCGCUACAACUACACCACACCGAAAUCUUUCCUAGAGCUCAUCUCCCUGUACGCCAAACUACUCACGGACAAAACGCUCGAGCUGCAUGAUCGAAUCCAUCGCCUGGAAAGUGGUAUUCUGAAGUUGGCCGAGUGUGCCAAGCAGGUUGACUCCUUGCAGCUACAACUCGCAGAUCAAGAGAUAGUGCUGAAGGUGAAAAACGAAGAAGCAGACAAGCUGAUCAAGGUGGUUGGUGCGGAAAAUGAAAAGGUCCAGAAGGAAAAGAACAUUGCCGCAGAAGAAGAGCUAAAGGUGCGCGUUAUUGAGGAAGACGUCGGUGCAAAGGCGAAGAUCUGUGAGGAGGAUCUCCGGAAAGCUGAACCAGCGCUGCUAGCCGCUCAAGCUGCUCUGGAUACGCUCGACAAGACGAACCUGACGGAGUUGAAAUCGUUCGGUUCUCCGCCGGAUGCGGUCGUCAAUGUGUGUGCCGCAGUGUUGGUGCUGUUUUCCCCGAAGGGCAAGAUACCGAAGGACCGUAGCUGGAAGUCGUGUAAAAUGAUCAUGAACAAGGUGGAUGUCUUCUUGAACGAUCUCAUCUACUACGACAAGGAGCACAUUCAUCCUGACGUGAUCAAAGCACUGCAGCUGUAUAUGAAAGAUCCCGAGUUUGAUCCGGACAAGAUUCGGGCCAAGUCUAUCGCUGCCGCUGGACUGUGUGCUUGGGUCAUCAACAUACACAGGUUCUAUGAGGUGUAUCAGGUGGUCGAACCAAAACAGCGAGCGCUUAAUGAGGCGCAAACCGAGCUGAAGGACGCGCAGGAUAAGCUGAUGGAGCUGACGUCCAAGAUUACGGAGCUGGAAGAUAAGCUGGGAGUGAUUGAGGCCGCGUUCAACAAUGCGCUGGCGGAGAAGCAAAAGUGUCAGGACGAGGCGGACAAGACGGCCUUUACUAUCGAUCUGGCGCAUCGUUUGGUGAACGGACUGGCAUCGGAAAAUGUGCGCUGGCGGGAAUCGAUAGCCAUGCUGAAGGGUCAAACGGUGACCCUGCCAGGCGAUGUGCUAUUGGUUGCUUGCUUUAUCAGCUAUGUCGGUUGCUUCACCAGACGAUACCGCGUCGAGUUGCAGGAAAAACUGUGGAUUCCCACGUUCCGCAUGUCCCGACCGAUGAUACCGUUCACGGAAGGUGUUGAUCCGCUGAGUUUGAUCUGUGACGAUGCAAUGAUCGCUGCGUGGAACAACGAAGGUUUGCCAUCGGAUCGAAUGUCCGCCGAAAAUGCGACCAUACUGACGUACUCCUCCCGUUGGCCGCUCAUGAUUGAUCCACAGCUUCAAGGUAUCAAGUGGAUCAAGCAAAAGUAUGGCGAAGAGCUCACAGUGCUACGUCUUACCGUUCGAGGAUAUUUGGAUGUGAUUGAAAGAUGUGUUGUGAAUGGAAAAAUUCUUCUUAUUGAAAACAUUGGCGAAACGAUCGAUGCCGUACUGGACCCCCUGUUGGGACGGAUGCUCGUGAAAAAGGGCCGAUGCCUUCGGAUGGGUGAAAAGGAAAUCGAUUACAAUCCCAGCUUCCAACUAAUUCUACAGACAAAGCUAGCCAACCCUCACUACAAACCGGAGAUGCAAGCUCAAACGACUCUGAUCAAUUUCACUGUCACAAGGGACGGUCUAGAGGAACAACUGUUGGCCGAGGUGGUGAAGGCCGAACGUCCAGAUUUGGAGAAACAGAAGGCCGAUCUAACGACCGAACAGAACAAAUUCAAAAUUACACUCAAACUGUUGGAAGAUGAUUUGCUUAGUCGACUAUCGUCUGCCGGUGAGAAUGUGCUCGAGGAUGCUUCACUCGUAUUGAAUCUGGAGAAAACGAAGAAAACGGCUGCCGAGGUUGAGAUCAAGGUUCGAGAAAGCAAGAAGACGUCGGAGGCGAUCGAUAUCGCCUUCGAAAGUUAUCGUUCUGCCGCCGAGCGUGCGUCUAUUUUGUAUUUCAUCUUGAACGAUCUGCACAAGAUCAAUCCAAUCUAUCAGUUUUCUUUGAAAGCGUUCACGACAGUGUUUAAGGAUGCAAUUGCCAAGACACCGCCAGCAGACAAGCUAAAGGAACGGGUCAUUAAUCUCAUCGACUCAAUAACGUUCGCGGUUCACAUGUACACAACGCGCGGUCUGUUCGAGAAGGACAAGCUUAUAUUUAUGGCCCAGAUGGCGAUCCAGAUUCUGCUGCACGCGAAAGAGAUAGAUCCGACCGAGCUUGACUUCUUGCUGCGCUUCCCGUACACACCGAACCUUACGUCACCGUUCGAUUUCCUGUCCAACAGUGGCUGGGGUGGCAUUAAAGCGCUCGCCAACAUGGACGAGUUCCGUGCGCUGGAUAAAGACAUCGAAGGAUCGGCGAAACGAUGGCGCAAGUUGGUCGAGUCGGAAUGUGCCGAGCGUGAAAAGAUGCCGGGUGAAUGGAAAAACAAGAACGCACUGCAAAGACUGUGCAUAAUGCGGUGCUUGCGUCCGGACCGGAUGACGUACGCGAUACGCUUCUUCGUGGAGGAAAAGCUCGGAGCCAAAUACGUCGAGGCGCGUACGGUCGAGUUUGCACGCUCGUUUGAGGAGUCGAGCGCUAGCACGCCGGUGUUUUUCAUCCUCUCGGCCGGUGUCGACCCGCUGAAGGAUGUGGAGAAGUUGGGCAAGAAAAUGAGAUACUCGUCGGACUAUGGCAAUUUCUACAACGUGUCGCUCGGUCAAGGUCAAGAGGUGGUGGCCGAGGCGGCAAUGGACAUCGCCUGCAAGGAGGGUCACUGGGUGAUUUUGCAAAACAUUCAUUUAGUUGCAAAAUGGCUGCCAACGUUGGAGAAAAAGAUGGAGGCGACACAGGAAGGGGCGCACGUGAACUACCGUCUGUUCAUCAGCGGUGAGCCGGCCCCGUCGGCCGAGUAUCACAUCAUACCGCAGGGCAUUCUCGAGUCGGCUAUCAAGAUCACGAACGAACCACCGACGGGCAUGCUGGCGAACGUGCACAAGGCGCUCGAUAAUUUCAACCAGGAAACGCUUGAAAUGUGUGGCAAAGAGGCAGAAUUCAAAGCAAUCCUGUUCUCUCUGUGCUAUUUCCAUGCGGUUGUGGCGGAACGGCGCAAGUUCGGUCCGCAGGGUUGGAAUCGUUCCUAUCCCUUCAAUGUUGGCGAUCUGACAAUAAGCGUGUACGUGCUGUACAACUAUCUGGAGGCGAACAAUCGAGUGCCGUGGGAAGAUUUGCGGUACCUCUUCGGUGAGAUCAUGUACGGAGGACACAUUACGGACGAUUGGGAUCGUAGGCUGUGUCGGACGUACCUGGAGGAGUUCAUGCAGCCGGAAUUGGUGGACGGUGAUCUGAACUUUGCGACAGGAUUUCCUGCGCCUCCCAAUCUCGAUUAUGUUGGGUAUCAUAACUACAUUGACGAUAAUCUUCCCUCGGAGUCACCGCAUCUGUACGGGCUACAUCCGAAUGCUGAGAUUGGCUUUCUCACGACCCUGUCCGAGCAGGCAUUCAAGACAAUCUUCGAGCUGCAACCACGUGAUUCUGGAGCCGCAAGUAGUUCCUCGAUUAGCCGGGAGGAUGUGGUGAAGAACAUUAUCGACGAGUUUCUGGACAAACUGCCCGAGGAGUUCAACAUGGUAGAGCUGAUGGCACGGGUCGAGGACCGUACACCGUUCAUAAUCGUCGCAUUCCAAGAGUGUGAACGGAUGAACAUUCUCGUGCGAGAGCUAAAGCGAUCACUCCGUGAACUGCUGCUCGGCCUAAAAGGUGAGCUUACCAUCACGACCGACAUGGAGACGUUGGAGGGUUCGCUGUUCUUCGAUCAGGUGCCAGAAAACUGGACCAAACGUGCAUAUCCCUCGAUGUACGGGCUUCAGUCAUGGUUCGCCGACCUGCUGAUACGCAUCAAGGAGCUCGAGGCGUGGUCGAACGACUUCAAUCUGCCCUCGUCGGUGUGGCUGGCUGGGUUCUUCAAUCCGCAGAGCUUUCUCACGGCCAUCAUGCAGCAGACGGCUCGCAAAAACGAGUGGCCCCUGGACAAGAUGUGUCUGAGCUGCGACGUGACGAAGAAGUGGAAGGAGGACUUUAGUGCACCACCCCGCGAGGGCGCAUACGUGAACGGGCUGUUCAUGGAGGGUGCCCGGUGGGACGUGAGCGUUGGCUCGAUUGCAAACUCCUUGAUGAAGGAACUGUUUCCCCAGAUGCCUGUCAUCUACAUCAAAGCCAUCACGCAGGACAAACAGGAGACGAAAAACAUUUACGAGUGUCCUGUUUACAAAACGCGAACCCGUGGCCCUACAUUCGUGUGGACGUUUAACUUGAAAACGAAGGAAAAAUCAGCCAAAUGGACACUUGGUGGUGUUUGUCUGCUGCUGCAGGUUUAAGCAAACAUUCAUUCCUAAAUUAUGC